AUGGGAAAAAAAUCAAUUGGUGAGUACAAACGUGCUCAAACAGUUACUCUAUAUGAUGCUGGAUUUACAAUUUCUGGUAUUGCUCGUCAACUUAACAUUUCAUGGACUUGUGUUAAAAAUGCUAUUAUACGUUAUCGUGAUCACGGUACAUUCAAAGAUCUCCCACGAACCGGUCGUCCUUUGAAACUCAUGCCAAGAACUGCUCACUAUCUUAAAUGUUUAGCACACGGACAAAAUCGAACAAAUGUCAAUAUUAUUACACCAAAAUUAAAUGAUUUAUCGAUUAUACGUGUUUCUUCAAGAACUGUUCGACGUCAUCUUCACAAAAUGGGAUAUACUUACAGUGUACAAAUCAAAAAACCAUUUUUAAAAAAGAUUCAUAAAAUGAAAAGGAUAGCUUGGUGUAAAAAAUUUAGGUGUUAUACAAUUGAGGAUUGGCGUCGUAUUAUAUUCAGUGAUGAAUCGACUUAUUAUGUUCUGAAACGUAGAAAUAAAAUGAUGGUGUGGCGAACUAAAGAUGAAAAACUGGCUUCUGAUUGCAUCGAGAAAAUUAGUACAGGAGAUGUAAAAAUAGAUGUAUGCGGAGCCAUUUGUGGCUAUAGUAAAACAUCAUUAUUGGCUUAUUCUGA